AAAUCCUAGGUGUGUGUACAACCUAGGAUUUGGUGUGGUUUCCUAGGGUUAAGCAGUUAACUGUCUUCCAGUGCUAAUUGAUUCAAACUACCGGAUCGUCAUGGAUCCCAAAAACAGUGGAAGAGGGAGACGCCUUCCCAGAAUUGCUGCUUCUCUGAUAAAGCGCUUCGCCACAGACAGGGAGCCUAGAUUCACUGUUCAGAAGGCAAGCUUAAUGCCUCUUCCUUCUCCACCUGCUCACGAAUUUGACUCUCCGACAGGAUACGGACCCAAGACCCCUGAGUCCCCGGUGCGAGCUCCUCCGAAGAAGUCCAGUCCAUCUGCACAGCAGGUGGCGAGAGGCCGUAUGCUGACUUCACCAACCUUAUCUGUGGAAGAAAAUGACUCACAAGAGAAAUGCCUGUCCCUGGAGAGCCUGAACAGUCCUUCUGAAGGCGAUGACUUCUUACUAGGUUAUACAGCUGAGAGCUCACCUAAAAGAGAAAAGAGGACUGGAGUGAGGUUCACAGACUGGCACAAGCAUCGCGUGGCAGCCCUGUGUAGCCUACAAUUUGACCAAUUGCUGAGGGAAUGUCCUGAGUAUCACAGUACUAAAAGCUGCUUUGCUGCUUUUGUCCUAGAGAGAGAGGUGACGGACACAGGAGGGCGCUGUUGUGAGCAUUAUGAAGUGGUCGCAAUGGGCACAGGGCAGAACUGCUGCAGCGGUUGGCACUGUUUUACAGGCUCCGUUGUACAUGACUGCCAUGGCAUCGUCAUUGCACGCAGAGCCCUGAAAAGAUAUUUGUAUAAGCAGCUCAUGUUGUUCUACAGCUCUGAGCCAGAGCUUCGAGAGCUCUCAAUAUUUCAGAGCUCUCCCACAGAGCUGCUGCUUCAGCUCAAACCAAAGAUGUACCUACACCUCUACACCAACCAGACACCUAAAGGAGCAGCACAAUACAUACUGAAGUCCCUUGACAGUGGCUACUCAUCACUGAAGCUGCAGUGCCAUUCCAAAGGUUCUCUGAUUCCGGCUGCCUUCCUGCUUCCCAGCGUCUGGGGCUCUCACAUCUGCUGCAUGUCUGACAGUGCAAAGCUUACUCGCUGGACUGUCACAGGAAUUCAGGGAGCGCUACUGAGUCACUUUAUUAAGCCACUGUACAUUACCAGUGCCAUUCUUGGUGGCACUAACCAUAGCUCUGAUGUAGUGUCUGACACCAUCAACAAGCGCCUGGGGACUGGUCUGAAAGACGCCCUAAGUCCCCCAUACCAGCAAACAAGCAUAUUCUUUCAGAAUGGAGAGCAAAUGGAGCCAGCUAUAAGCGCAGACCAUUGCAAGAACCUCAGUGUUAACUGGUGCCGGGGAGACUCUAGCAUUGAGAUUCUAGACAGCACAACUGGAUACUCCUACACUAGCUCUCCUUUUGUGAGUGGACCUGGGUUUUCUAGUAGACUAUGCAAAAGAGCGCUGUUCUUCGCCUUUAGAAAAAUUGCAGUGCUCUCUGGUCAAGAAGAGCUUCUGUCCUUUGACAUCUAUCACAAAGCCAAGAUGGCUGCCAACUUAUAUCAAACGACCAAAGCUUUGGUAAACCAGCAGUUCUUAGCCAACUUUGCAGGACCAUGGAACUCCAAACAUGUGGUAGACAGCUUCAGUUGCUGACUUGACACUAUUGACUACUGUGCUUAAUAUUCUUUGUUGUUCUUUGUUAAAGUAAAUUCAUUUAUACAUUUAAAAAUAUACAGAGGUGUGUUUGAUCAAAAAUUGAGCAGUUCAUUCUUUUGAACAGCUCACUUUAAUUUGUUUUAAAACUGUUACCUUCUUGUUAGUAUUUGUUUGCUUGUCUUAAACCCAGUUGGUUUUUGAAAAGUUGUUGCUUGUUAAAAAGUAAGAAAGAAAAAAAUUUCAUUAUAAUUGUUUGAAGUGAAAGAUUAAAAAUGUUGAAUAAGC